AAUCAAUAUUAUAUUGUUUUAUUUUGAUAAAAAUUGAAAUAAUCAGCUGAUGUGAAAAUAUUAUAACAAUACAACAUUAAAUUAUUGAUAUUACCUUAUUCCUAUAUUAGAAUUUGUAGUUAAAUUAAUUGAGCCACUAAAAUCACUGAACGGAUUUUAUCAAAUUUCUAUGAUCUAAAAUAUUGUUGUUUUUACAUAGUUUUAUAAACAUAUUAAUCAUUACUAAUUUAGUAUUUACACAUUAGUUUUAGUAUUUACUACAAGUACAUUACAGUAGGUGUAAGGUGCACAAGAUUUUAUGUAUUUUAAAUUUGUAUGUCACAACAUAAUCUAAAUUAUUUUUGUGCUACUUAAUUUUGAUUUAAUAUUAAUUGAAAUACUUGAUAAUAAUCUUAAUCUAUAUAGUAAUUUUGUUUGGAAUUAAUUAUAAUAUUUAAUUUUGAGUCAAAAUGAAUCCUUGUAUAAUUCCUGAGAUUCCCAUUGAUAUACAAGGAGACAACAGAUGGAUGAGCCAGCAUGAACGUCAUGUAUCUGAAGCGAAAGAACGUGAACCUGAUGUUAUUAUGAUUGGAGAUUCCAUUAUUCAGAAGUUACAAUCAAGUCCUAUAUGGAAUGAUUUAUUUGAACCUCUCCAUUGUUUAAAUUUUGGUAUUGGUGGUGAUCUUACCCAAGGAGUAUUAUGGAGAAUCCAAAGUGGGAUUCUUGAUAAUAUUAAACCUAAAGCGUGUGUUCUUCAUGUUGGUACAAACAAUUUUGGUAAUACUCCUGAUGAAAUAUCGGAAGGUAUUUUAACCAUUAUCAAAGAAAUCAAAUCCAAGCUUCCGGAAUGCUAUAUCAUCUUGUUGGAUUUAUUACCUCGUGGAGCAAGGCCAAAUCCUUUACGUGUUCGUAACUCUAAAGUCAAUGAAAUUAUGCAUGAAAAAGUAAAGUCAAUUUCUCGGUUAGAAGUAAUUACUGUCAAUACAGGUCUGUUACAAUCAGAUGAUACAUUGAGUGCUCAAGAUAUGCUUGAUUAUCUACAUCCAACUGAUACAUGUUAUCGUAAAAUAUUUGAACCUGUACAUGAAUUGCUCUUACAAAUUCUUGGAGAAGCCAAAGAUCUUGACAAGAAUUAAUUGGAACUCAAUAAAUAUGAUUUUAUAUUCGCACAAAGAAAGCAAAAGCAUUUUGUAUUGUGAUUCUUUAGUUUCAUAUUUUCUUGUUAUUUAUGAUUUUCAUCAUUUCAUGGGGCUUUGAUAUUUUCAAAUUUUGUUCCUAAUUUAAUUGUAUAGACUGUUUUUUUUUUUUGGGGGGGGGGGGUGGGAGGGAUUAUGAGAUGCAUUAAAUUUAUCAUAAGCUAUGAUCAUUAUAAAUAUAUUUCAAUAUUGCUUGAAGCUGAUACUAUUUUUUUUAUUUUAAAUUAAUUGGGGAGUUGGUAUAUUAGUAUUUUUUUUAAAAAAAAUCUAAUUUUGCAAGUUCUUUGUAUACAUUUAAAUAUAUAAAUAAAAAUUAGUAAUAUAUUUACUUUAAUACUUAUAUUAAUAAUAUAUUAUAAUACAAAUUUUGCUUAUUGAAUUUAAUGAUUUGUUAUGUAAACAUUUAUAUUAAUAAUUACAGCAAUUUUAUGUUCAUGCAUUGCACAAAUUGUAACUUUUUUUUUGGAUAAAUUUAUUUUCGUCGUAUAAUACAAUUAAAAACAAUUUAAUUCAUCUAAGAAAACAAA